GGUGGUACAUAUGCCAGUCCCGAGUGUCAUGUCUGGGUAAGCUUCAGAUGUGGAGUCGACGCGACGAGUCCUCGCGACAGUCGACAUGUCUGGAUAGAUUUAUGGGGUUAUGCGCAGUGGGUAGAGAGAGAGAGAGAGAUCAAGCGCUGAUCAAGCGCGGCAGAUAUGUAACUCAUCAGAUGUGUAAUGCUGUAGUAGAGUUUAAGACCAAUCAUUGUGGUAUUUUGGUCCCUUCUCCAUAGAGUAUUAGGGCGUUUUGCAGAGAAGUGUCGUCAGCCUUCCAAACGACAUGUCCAUACCUGACGGCAAGUUGCAACAUGUAUGCCAGUUUGAUUCAUUCUAUCGCAGCAGUUUAUGAGAGACCCGAUUGGCACGACCCACUCGACCAUGGCGGUUCCUGCAAUGCUUCAAUGGGGACCUGAAGGAUUUUUCUUCUUCCAUUUGACCAACCCAGAAGUCUUGCCAGGGCAGCCCAUCUACUGCACCCACAUGGAGGAUCCUGCAUUGGGACCAAAAGAUUGGAUUCAUGCAAUCCCUGAAUGGAGUGGCGACAAAGCCGGACUCGCCUUCAAUCAGGAAUUCUUGUCUUUGGUCCAUGAGUUCCGCAUCGAGCCCAACUUUUGGUCAGCCGGAACCUACCACUUUCAAGGGGGCUGCAGCCGCAUUACCGCGGACGCGUUUGGCACCUACCGUGCCUGGCUCGAGAACAAGGACGACUAUGAGCUCCUUUGUCAGUCGAAAUGCCUGAGCGUCCAGGUGACCUUCCGUGAAUCGUCUCCAAUCUUCUGCAUGCUGCGCUUAGAGAGCAUUCCACGGACACCGCUUUUUCUGCCCUUGCAGCGCAUCCAAGUGGCCAUCGAUGAACUGCGGGCAGGCCAGAUGGACGUGCCGAGUCGGGCGCCCCGCAAGAAGUUCCUGCCUCGGACCAUCUUUCAGACUCCCGAGGGGCAGACCGUCAGCGUCGAGCAUCUGUGCCUGGCAGAUCGCCUGGCAGAUCAAGCAGGUCGAGUGAUGAAAGUUGUGAACCUCAAACUCUUCGAGGAGCAAGCCGUCUCCAUCAUCCGGCUGCAGAUUGGCGGUCUAUACCAGGUGAUGCAAGGAGAGAAGCUGUUAUCCCCAGAGGGCGCCAUUCGUGUGCAACACAUGAUGGUGGGGUCGGAAGUCAUCGUCAGCAAAGACUCUGAGGAAAAAAACAGCUCGCAUCACUGAUCUGACCGCGAUCGAGGGCCGCAUGAGCAUCUACGAGGUGGCUGUCCUCGGCAUUCAUCCUCCCCAGCCAUUCGGCAUCGGAUCAGUUCGUGAGGCCAUGGAGGUACAAAAUGGUUCGGGAAGCUGUGGAGGCGGAGGUAUGGUGGCAACAUCUCAAGCUUCAGAUGCCAUGAUGCAUCUAAUAUUAGAUGCCAGCAUUCCAGUGUUGCAAAUGGAUAUGAUUGAAGUGUAGACCUUGCAUAGUCCCCCCAGCAACAGCUCCCAACAAAGCUGAAAUAUCGUGGCCGUAGCCGCGCCUGCAAUUUCAAGAUGGACUAGACUUGUGGGGUGCUGGGGACAACCGGCUAUAGACAUGCAGCUGCCCUGACACAGGGGCAUCGUGAAGUCCUCCGUGCGGCGAGCGCGAGUGUGUGAGGGCGACAAUUUCUUAGGGGCUAUAUAGUUGUUUUAGUUUUUUUCUGCCCAUGGCCUUUUCUUAACCAUGGGGGUAGGUUAAUUCGAUGCGCAUGUUGGCGUGGUUUCAGCCGCCAAUUUUGCCCAUGAGGAGAUGAUGGCACGCCAUCCAAAUCAUUGACAGGUGUUUCUCUGAGUAUUUGACAGUUCA